UCUGCCUUUUCUGGCCUGCCUGGUUUGCACACAUCUGUUACGGCUGGCUUGGCAUGGUAUGCAUACAUGAUCGAUAUGGGCUUGGUCGACGGCAGAAGACAAAAAAUAAGACCUUGGUGAUAUCUGAGCUGCAAAUGGGAGAAAGCUGUGAUUUCUUUCCUGCUGCGUGAGAAUCCUUUAGGAGUUUUGGGCCAACACACUGGCAGCUGGCUGCUCAGUCUCAUCCUUGAAGUUAAUUAGACCUUUAGAAAAACUCCGAAAUCGUACUCGUUUAGCUCCGUGAGUGAAAGAGAACAGGAAAUUAGUAGUGUGCUGUUCGAGUCGUUUCGGUGUUAGGUUUUGCUUUCUUCCCGGUUGGAGUCUGAGGAAGCUGAGAUUACCGGUGUGAAAAAUGCCUUCUCCUCGUCCCCCACGGGGAAUGGAGGAAGAUGAUGAUUCGUUCCUGAAGGAGUCAGCUUCUAUGGAGAGUGGUGUAGCAGAUUGCUCAGGUGAACUGCCUCACGACGAUACAUCAUGUGGUAACCCCGAGGAUUUGGACGGCGACAAGGCACUCCUGGGACCCGACCAGCUGCUUCGGGAAAGGAGAGCUGGCAAAGCACGAAACGGAACGACUAAUAAGAAGCUCCCCUUCCUAUCAACUGCCUCCCAAAGCAAGUCUGUGAAGUUUCCGGCUACCCUGCGAGGUCUGAAUCGAGGCCAGCAGGGCAGUACAGCGGCGGUAGCAGCGGCUGCAACGCAGGCCAUGGCUCAGUGGCCAUACGUAGGCGUGUCAGCAACCGGCAGCCCCAUCGCCCUGGGAAGACCCGGUCAGCAGAUGUAUCCAAUGAGUGGCGUCAUGGCGCAGCUGAGUGGAAGCAGUCCGACUGGGUCACUGUGCGCUGUAGGCCCGUCCCUGGACGGUCUUGUAGCACCAGGCACGGCCACCAUGACUGCCAUCCCGUCAACGCUCCAGUACGCCACCGCCGGCUCAGCAUCACAAGCACCGCCCAACAUGGUGCUCAUUCCGCCGUCCACCAAUGGCCAGCAUGACUACAGCUUAACAAACCUGUACAUUCGUGGCCUGGGACCCAACACCAAGGACACCGACCUCUACAACAUGUGUUGCGAGUUUGGCACGAUCAUCUCCACCAAGGCGAUCGUUGACAAAGCAACAAAUUUAUGUAAAGGCUAUGGCUUUGUGGACUUCGAGACGCACCAAGCCGCAGCCACUGCACUCACGGCAUUGAAAGACCAAGCAGUGGAUGUGCACUUUGCACGCCUGUCGUUGGAGAAGCCCCACGGCCACGGACAGAUGAACUCGACCAGUGCCGGUCACAGCAGUAACUCGUCGGAGCGAGCAUCAAACCUCGACACAACUAAUCUCUACAUUGCUAAUCUACCCUAUAACGUUGAUGAAAAGACCCUAGAAUCUAUCCUGGAACCAUGCGGAACUAUAGUGUCAACGCGUAUCCUGCGUGACCUCUCCACCGGACAGAGCAAAGGUGUUGGAUUCUGCAGAAUGCAAACCAAGGAAUCAUGCGAGCGAGCGAUUGCCAAGUUUAAUGGACAAGUCCUGCCAUCAUUCCCUGGAACUACUCCUCUCCAUGUCAAGUUUGCCGACAUCAGCAACCGACGCCGUGUGUCCUCCAAAGAUAGCUCCAUUCCUACACCGCUCUUCCCCGAAACAUUUGACUCGCCAUCACCGUUAGCAUACGAUGUUGGACAAGCGGGACAAGUAUUCCAGUUCCAGCAGUUCCUCCCACCGUAUCAGGUGUUUGGUAGGCCGGCCGUGCCCGUUUCCAGCAGUGCAUUCUAUGGACAGCAAGCGUACAUGCAGCAGGCUGCUGCAAUGCAGGCGUCACAGGGUACUUGGCCAGCUAGUCUUCUUCCUGGCUAUCCAGCAGCUGCAGGUCAGCAAGCAGCAUACCUAGUAUAAGAGAUUAGGCGCUCUGGCAGCACUGGCUGCAUUGGCAGCUAGGUAUGCGUAAGUGAUGCGCACGACUGUGCUCGAUGCAGUCUAGAAACCAUGGUAUUCCGAGUCUUCCGCUUUGUGCUAUACAUUAUCUUGUGGGUCAUGCCUUUUAAUUGAGAAUUAUGCCUUGUUAAUCACUUUUUGUUUACCUAUACCUCAACCCUUUCCCCUGGCCCCGCGCACUGUUCCCCUUGCUGCUCUUGUUUGCUGUCCGCAAGUCCCAUUCGUGGUACGUCCUCGACUGAGUGUCCUAUCGCUGGCUUAUGUGAAACUCAUCCUCUCCCGUCCCGUCCGUCAGCAUGCAGCUAUUCAUGCAGUAGUUAGCUUCCCCUGCCCCGCUCAACUAUUGCUUUUCAUCCGCGUUCCGCUCAAUCUGCGUAGCUCACUCAUGCGUUCCUCGUCGUCUACGCGUUCUCAUUAAUUGUUACCAUUUGCCGCUGCAUGCAAGUAUCUUCAUGUACUUUGAGCCAACUAUCCUCGCACCAAACGCAUGCUGACUAUUCAUUUCUGAUAUGUCUCCAUCAGGACACUUUUCUACCUCUUACUACCCUCACACACUACACCACACAUGCACACAGGCAUGCACACACACACGCACACACACACACACCACACCCCACACCACACAUCCGCACACGUACAUACAUACACACACACACACACACACACACACACACACACACACACACACACACACACAUAUAUUUGCACGCCCGCACUAGCAUGCGCAGGCAUGCACACCUGGACACCCUACCCCACCGCCGCUGAACAAGAUCACACGUGCACACAUGCACAUGUUUUCUGUGUCCCAUCGCCAGUGUAUGGAGGCCGUUGACCCUUCCCCCCCCCCCCCCUUCCCCUGUUUUGCAUGUACAUGUACCACUCUCCUUGCCAACCAUUCUCGUAAAUGGUUUAGUUUGAAUCCAUGGCAUUGGUGUGUAUUGAGCAUAUCCACAUGCUUCAGCUCACCUGCAUCUAAAUAAAUUCCCAUUGCUGACUAUAGUACAUAAAAUGAGACAUUUAUUUCACUCGGGCUACCGAGUGUGCUUUUGCUUUUUGAACGGUGAGCCUGCUGUGUCCGCUUCUUCUUUAUUUGUUUCGAUUUACCAGCUUUUUCAAACCAUUGUUCCGCUGCAGCUUUGCAGGCUUGUCGGGACGAACGACAUUUUGAUUUGGCAAGGACUUUCUUGCAGUACGACGUGUUUGACUCUUUUUUUCCCAUUUUGAUUUGAGCCGGCCAAAUUGCCACAAUGGUGCGGAUAAACCAUUACCAAGCUUCCUGGUGGUGUGAUGCUUCUUGUUUGUUUCAGUUCACACAUUCAUCCAUGUUUGGAGAACUGAACAAGAGUGAGAUUUGACAACCUCUGC